CCGAGGGGCGCGCGGGCGCGCGGCCGCCCGCCGCCUCCCGGGGCCCGGCGCGGCGCUGCCCAGGCCGCGGGGCGCGGGGCCCGGCCCGGGGGACGCCGGCGGCGGCCUGGGGCUGAUCGUGAUCGGAAGAGGAUUGCCAGACGAACCUGGAAAACACAGUCUUGCCUUGAAAAGCAAAGGUCCAUUGCCUACACAUUUUACAAGAAAUGUGCAAAAAGCCAUUGAUAAAUAUACCUGUGAAUCCACGUCAUCUCUUUCAUCAAGUGGGUGCCCCACGCCCACAGCAGUGCAUAACUCUUGGUCUGAGACUCAGAGUUCUACCACAGGCUGUUCUGCUGAGAGGAGCUCCGUCUACUCUUGGAGAGAUGAUGAGUUUGAUAAAGCCAGUGCACAGAAAGUACAGCAGUUGUUCUGGGAGGUGGAGGAAAUGUUAUUUGAAGAGAAAAUGAGCCCACAGACCCAGAAUCUACAGGCUGAAUGCAGCGAGUGGGCAAAAAGGUCCCUACAUCUGAGAGUCUUAGGAAAACAGCUCAUCCUGCCAACAGAUGAAGGGUUCCAACAUUUCCAAGGCAGAAAGCCAAGUACUGUAGUACCCAAGCCCUUAUUUGAGGCCUAUGAAUGCAGCAGCAACGUCAGAGAGCUCUGCAUCUCUGGCUCCCACAUGGUCCCUGCAGCUCUCUCCUACUCCACCGUACCAGACCAGGGUUCCACAGAGGCGGCCGACCUGACCACACGUGCGUCUCUAGAAGAAGAGGUUUAUGAUGUGGAUGGAAAGAUUGAAGAAUAUUUUGCUUUUGACAGAAAAGAAGAAAAUGAUGAUAGCGGUGGACAGAAACCAGCUCAGCGACAUUGGGCAUGGCGCAAACAUGGCCUCCCUCCUGUGUCCCCUCAUGACUGUAUCAAGGAUACGGUGGCAGCAGAAGUAUUUGACCACAUCUGGACAAAUGUGGUAGAAAUGUUGGGAGAGCUGAUUAGGAAAAACUGGGAAACUACACUCACAGAGAAGAAAAAGGAGAAAGAGAAGUCAGUCAAGACGAAGCCUCUCCAGGGCCUCACCUCCCAUGUUCACACCGAGGCAUCAAGUGUUCCUCCAUCCAGGAGUUCCGAAACACGAAGCACAUCCCUGACUUCUCGUGUUCAUCCUCCCCAGAGCUUCUCCAACAAUUUUUACAGAGAUUUGAAUGGUGUGAUGAUAAUUCAAGCCAAACCCUUGCAGCAGAGGCCUUCUUCUUUUGCAGAUAGAACACAGAGUGAGCAGGAGGACAAAUCAUUGGCUUUUGGAGCCAGUGCUUUUUCCUGGGCUCGGCACCACCCAGGACGAUCCUCAGAAAUGCGCAGUCUGCAAAAUUCUUCAAAGAAAACACCAGUGCAUAAGAGGCUGCCUUCUCUUACUUCAGACUCACUGAGAAUGAAAACUCCCAACUUUAAUAGCGACGAAGUCCUUAGGGGAACAAAAUUGCAGACUGGCACAGACUUCACGUCUUCCCCACCAGUUCCAACCUCACGGAACAGGUUACCCCCAAUAGGCGCAGAGACUGGUGAGCAAAAUACAGCGAUUCCUGGAUCUCGCCCUGUUUCUCACAGAGGAAGACUUCUGCAGACGCGCGUGUUAAGUGCACUCCCUGACAGUGUAGAGCGAUCGCCUCUUCGAGAAAGAACCUUUAUCACGGAUCAGCUCUCCAGGCCCAGCACAACUCAGACAUUUCGGUCGGAUACCUCUCGAAAAGGUUCCUUGACACUGACAGAGUUUGCUGGUCACACCUGGGCCGCCGGUCAAGGAUUUUUGACAGGUUCACAGAAUCUACCUAAAUCUUUUCAGAGGACAACUUUGACAUCAAGAAGGAGAUUCCAAAUGGCAUCUUGACAAUAACCUGACUGGAACUACAGCCCUUGUUGGAGUACCAACUGUCUGCCUCAGCAUACCCUUAAUAACUUUAAAUGAACAAGUAUUAAACUACAUUACCUGUUUGUCAGAAGUCUGAGGUGUUAGACUAUUUGAAAUAAAUGCAGACCAAAAAAUAAUUUAAGUUUUAACACUCUGCACUGGAAAGAAAAUACAAGUCAAACUCACCCAUUUUUAUUGGAACAGUCUGAAAUUCUCUAAGCUAGGAUCAAAGACUCUUGUUUGUGUUCAUAAUCCAUUCUUU